CAGCUGACUGGUACUGAGAUGAGGUUGCUCUUAGGUUUCUGCAUCGCUUUGGUGGUGCUUCACUUUCCAGUCCAGGGUGAUCACCAUGGAGACCAUGGCGCUCAUGGGAAGGGCCACGGCGGGCAUUCACACGAAAAAGGGCACAAGCAUGAACAUGGACACCAUCGCCAUGAGAAACAUGUCAAUGGAAGCCUGAGGAUAUACCUGCAGAAUGGCGGUUUUGCUUUUGACCUGUACAAGCACAUGACCGCUCAGCCUGACCUGCAGUCCAAGAACGUGUUCUUCUCGCCCCUGAGCUUGUCGCUGGCCCUGGCUGCUCUAUCUGUGGGGGCUGAAGGGGAGACACACCGGCAGCUUUUUGACGGCUUGGGUUUCAAUGGGACGGAUAUCACGCCAGAGGAGGUGAAUGACGCCUUCCAUGACAUCCUGAUGAAUCUCAACCAAAAGAAAGCUACAGAUCUCUCUGUGGGCAGUGCCGUCUUUCUGGACGACGACUUCAAGCCUCGGCCCGAGUUCCUAGAGGCACUGAAGCGUUUUUACCACUCUGAAGGAUUUACAACUGAUUUUACCAAGAGCGCCGAGGCCAGACAGGCUGUUAAUAAUUACGUAAAAGACAAAACACAUGGAAAAAUAGCCGAAUUGGUAGACAGUGUGGAACCCAGUACUCUGAUGAUUCUGAUUAGUUACGUGUAUUUCAAAGGAAAGUGGGACAUUCCAUUUGAUCCUGCUAGUACAGAGGACAGUGUUUUUCAUGUAAAUGAAACACAUGACGUUCCUGUGAAAAUGAUGACUGAGUCAAACAGCUUUUAUAUUUACCACGAUGAAGAGCAUUCCACAAGCGUUCUCCAGCUGCUUUACAAUGAAUCCAUGUCAAUGAUGCUAAUUCUCCCUGAAAAAGGCUUGGAGGCCUUAGAGAAGGUAUUCGACGGGAAACUUGUGACAAAAUGGCGCCGAUCAUUGAGAAAGAUGCCAUAUAAAGUGUCGAUUCCAAAAUUUUCUAUCAAGACAUCAUAUUCACUGAAAGAAGUCAUUGCUGAAAUGGGAAUCACAGACAUAUUUAGCCAAACUGCCAACUUUAAAGGAAUCUCAGAUGAUCAACUGUCGGUUUCAAAGGUUCUUCAAAAGGCUACUUUAGAUGUCGACGAGGAAGGAUCCACAGCAACCGCAGCAACAUCCGUACAUCUUAUACGAACCUCAGGACUUGUUCCACCAGAUACCCUGAGGUUCGAUCGUCCUUUUGUUGUUAUAAUAGCAAACCGUGAUACAAGGAGUAUAUUAUUCAUGGGUAAAAUUGUAAAUCCCACAAAAUAAGAUGUGUUUUUUUUCUGGGCAGUCCUUUUACAUCUUAUUCCUUCUUUGCAUAAGUUGAUUAUAUGAUUUUUACUACAUUCUUUGUCAGCAGUUGUAUCAGAUUUGUCCAUCAAAGCCCUUGUCAAACCAUUAAAUAAAUCUUUUGAAAUAAAAUAAUAAAAUGUGAUUAGUGAUUUGUUCUUCUGCUGACGUCUCUAAGGAU